CACUAAAAGUAACUAUUUUUUUUUUGUUUUUAGUAUUUUGUUUGGUGGAAUUUAAUUGAAGCCGCAAUAGUGUGACCAAACUCACACUAUGGCGAUGAACAAUCGAGUGCGAAUUGUUGUGGUUGGCGAUUCUGGUGUGGGCAAAACGUGCCUGACCCACCUGAUUGCCCAUAAUGAGUCCCUAAUACGACCGGGAUGGACGGUUGGCUGCAACAUCCAGGUAAAGAUCCACGAGUUCAAGGAGGGCACAGCCCGCCAAUGCCCCUAUUUUGUGGAACUCUUUGAUGUGGGUGGAUCGCUGAGCCACAAGAACACUCGCAGCGUAUUCUAUACGGGCGUCCAUGGGAUUAUCCUGGUGCACGAUCUCACCAAUGGCAAAUCACAGGAGCAGCUGCUCGAUUGGCUUUAUGAAAUUGUGAACAAGGAGGGCAAGGAUACCUACAAAUCGAGGGGCAAUUCCCUGCCCCCAUCGCCUAUCCCGCUGGGCAGUUUCUCCUCGAACACUUCGACCACCUCCGAUGGACACGUGCGGUUCGACAUGGAGGAGUUUCUGGGCGCCACGCAAACGCCGAUUCUAGUGAUGGGCACCAAGCUGGACCUUAUCGACGAAAAGCGUCAGCCCAAGACGGCGGUGAAAAAGGCAGGCGGAAUAGCUGACAAAUGUGGCGCCGAGGAAAUCUGGCUAAAUUGCCGGGACACCCGUAGUCUGGCAGCAGGAACCACAGAUGCCGUCAAGCUGUCCCGCUUUUUCGACUGUGUGAUCGAGAAACGCGAAUCCUUGGGUGGCAGUGGUAACCAUCCAUAUGGCAUUGGUGGCUUUAACGCCGGCAGUCCGCCGGAUAGGCGUCGCUAUGGUCCGACCAGCUGCAAACUGGAAUCGAGCGCCGUUCCGCUUUUGGAGACCAACGAUUUAAAGUGAUAAAUGCUUGAGCAUUUCUAUUCUUUAUCUUUAGUUAUUAAAAUAAAUGCCUUAAUUGUGGAUCGGUCA